AGCUAUUGAUGUGGUAUACACUUCUCAUAUUAACAGCACAUUACUGGUUUUUGUAGGCACCAUGAUGCUCAAAGCGCUGUCUAGUCUCGUCGUACGUAGAGUACCCUUCAGGAAAUUACUGCCAAGGUUCGCCACUUCCGCGACUACCACAAACAGACGAUGCUUGUCCACCGCAACUAGUGACUCUUCGUUGAACCCGAAAGACAUCAGACAAAGGCCCAGACUGGUGGAGUUGAAAAAUGGUAGUAAAGUGAAAACAACAUUCUCGAAGGCUGAGAUAAACAGGCGAGUAACAAACCUCCGACAACGCAUGGAGAAGGAUGAUAUUUCUGCAUGUUUGUUAACAUCGUAUCACAAUAUCAACUACUUCAGUGAUUUUCUCUACUGCUCGUUUGCCCGUUCGUAUGGUCUUGUCGUCACCAUGGACAAGACCAUAAACAUUUCGGCCACCGUUGAUGGCGGUCAACCGUGGCGCCGCACCCAUGGUGAAAACAUCGCAUACACUGACUGGCAGCCAGGUAACUUCUUCCAUGCAGUUGAAACUGUCCUGGAGCCGUAUAAAGGUGCAAUAGGUGUUGAGUUUGACCAUCUCACUGCUGACAACUUCAAGAAGCUGGAGAAAUCUCUAACCGGUCGAUCUCUUGUCGAUAUCAGCGAGGCAUCAAUGAAGAUGAGGUUGAUCAAAUCCCCAGAAGAGCUGUUUGUGACACGAGAGGGUGCUCGUAUUGCAGAGGUUGGUGCCUGGGCAUGCGUGGACGCAAUCAAGGAAGGUGUGAUGGAAUACGAAAUUGCUCUUGCUGGUACGGAACCAAUGGUUAGGGAGAUCGCCAAAACAUUUCCACAUGAUGAGUUGAGAAACACAUGGGUAUGGGUUCAGUCAGGAGUAAAUACCGAUAGUGCUCAUCAUCCAGUCACUACGAGACGUUUAAUGAAAGGAGAUAUACUUAGCGUCAAUUGUUUCCCAAUGAUAUCAGGGUACUACACAGCAGUAGAAAGGACUAUGUUCGUCGACCAUGUGCCCUCCGACAGACACUUAGAACUCUGGGAGAUUAACUGCAAAGUACAGCGCAAGGGGAAUGAGCUAAUCAAGCCCGGGAUUCGAUGUAGCGACAUUGCCUGGGAGUUGAAUGAAAUAUAUCGUGAACAUGACUUACUGAAUGAUCUUCCAAUUGGCUAUGGUCACUCUUUUGGGAUUUUAAGUCAUUAUUAUGGACGAGAAGCUGGAUUGGAAUUGAGAGAGGACGUCCACACAAUCCUUGAACCAGGAAUGGUUGUGUCAAUGGAACCUAUGAUCAUGAUUCCUGAGGGAAGUCCUGGUGCUGGUGGAUACCGAGAACAUGACAUCUUGAUUGUCACCGAAGACGGUGCUGAAAAUAUCACGAAAUUCCCGGUUGGCCCCGAACACCUCGUCAUCAAAAAAUAAAACAAAAUAAUUGGAUUCUCCAUCACUCAGGAAAUCUAGAAACACUUUCAAUUUUCUUGUCAAUGAAAAAAAACUACAAUGUAUUUUAAUAAAUGUUUUUGAUAAAUUAA